CCUGCCUGGGAUAGCUGCAGCUCGGGAAAGCUCUGAGGAUGCACGUGGGAUACCUAGUGCUCUGCGCUCUGCUGCUGGCGGCGGAGCAGGGCGCGCGCUUGUGCACGGUGGUUUAUUACUUUUACACUGAGCAGUAUCUGUGGGCAUGGCUAACUGUGUCAGCUCUCCUUCCUGGAUGCUUGAUUCAGGGCCUAAGUUAUCUGUGGUUCCUAGCAGAUGGUCAUCAAGGCAGCUGUUCUCUGAUGAUUGUGCAUCUCCUGCAGCUUGGCAUAUGGAAAAGGCACUGGGACGCCUCCUUGGCAGCCAUGGCAAAGGAAGAGGAGCCUCCUGGGCUGGGGAAACUGGUGCUGCAACAAGGUGAUCUCUUUGUGCUUCGGCUGCUUGAAGCCCUGCUCCAAACGGGGCCCCACCUCCUGCUACAGACGUAUUCUUUCAUUGCAGCUGAUUUAAAAGAUCCAGUCCCAGGUGUGAGUGCAGUCCUGUCCUGGUCAUCACUGUCCUUGUCUCUGGUCUCUUAUGCUCGUGUCAUGUGCCUGAUGAAGCCAGGACAUCUUUCCAUGCCAUGGGCUGCCCUCCUGUGCCAGCUCCUGUGGAGAUUGGCUAUGCUAGGAACUAGGAUCAUAACACUAGUCCUGUUUUCCCAAACCUAUCACUGCUGGGUCUUGGUUGUUGGAGGUGCUCAUUGGUUAGUGAUGACCUUCUGGCUUGUUGCUCAACAGAGUGAUAUCAUAGAUAGUACCUGUUGUUGGAGGUUAUUCAAUUUGCUUGUGGGAGCUGUGUAUAUCUUCUGCUACAUCAAUUUCUGGGACAGCCCUUCUAGAAAUAGAAUGACCACAUUUUAUAUAAUAAUGCUGAUAGAGAACCUAGUCCUUUUGCUGUUGGCCACAGAUUUUCUGCAGGGAGCAUCGUGGGGCACCAUGUGGAUGACAGCAAGCAUUGUAUCUGGAUUUAUUAUUGGUUGUGCCUCACUCAUAAUUUAUUACAGCCAGCUACACCCUAAAUCCACGGAAAUCUGGCAGGGUUUUAUAAGGAUGUCCUGUGGCACUGUAGGCAGUGAUAAAACAGAAAAAGAGCCUUCUUCUUUUCAUUGUGCAAACCCAGUUAAGGAAACAUCAGACAGUCUAGGCUUGUACCCAGUGGAAGACUCCAAAGCAUCAUAUCAGGGGAAUUCCCUUAGCAUGGACUGGGGAACUUCUCUUGGGAGCCAGGUUGUAAGGGAUGAGGCCACUGCCAAAUGGCACCACCAUUGGCUGCUAGUGAAGCUGGCCUUAAAAACUGGAAACGUGUCCAAGAUCAAUGCAGCCUUUGGCAAUGGUGACCUAGGCUCUGUUUGCCCACCCAUCUAUGCAACAACUAAAUGCUUUGGCCCACAAAUGCAGCUUUCGUUUUCAAAGGAGGAAUUCCCUCCACCUCAGAAACGACAUGUGACAACACCAUAUCAGAGUUCCUGGCAAAAAGAUUCUCAGGCUGAAGAUGUCCCAGAAACUAAACAGAACCCUUUGGAAACAUCAAGUUAUAUCACUCUUUCAAGUAGUCAGCAUGACCAUGCACACUCCCAGAAAAUGAUGCUUCUUGUUGCACCAGAAGGACCUCUGAAGGAAAAGGCAUCUGUCAUUUUGCAAGGUGACUUCUCAUUGAAUAAGCGUGAUGCUCAGGAAGAAGGUUGUAGAAAUCAAAACACAGUACCAUGGAGGCAAGAGAAGAGUGAUACAGAAAGUCCCAUUGCACAGGUAGGAGGAGCAGGGAGAGGAAAAGAGAGCUCCAUGUUUUACUUCAGUGCUACCAUGGAAGAGGCUGCACCUUAUCGCAAGGAGCCUAGGACAUCUCCCCAGGUCUCCCACAGGAAAGUGGAAAUAGAAAAGAAUCAGCAAUCCAAGUCUGACUCUAAUCACUCGGCAUCAAAACUGUUUCCUGUCACUGUGGCAAACAUCAGCCCAAUAUUAGGCAAAAGUACAACCAACCACUUACAGCAUAGCACAGGCCUUUGUAACAGUAGUCAGUACAGUCUACCAGGGGUGUCUUCUGCAGGCUUAAGAUGUGGAGGGCCUCAGGAGCUCUGGAGGGCUGCAGGAAACCACUACCUGUCUGUUGGGACUUCGUUGUCUAUGAUGGGCAAACUGAGGCCUUCAGAGGAACCUUGUUUCACUUCCACCCCCAAAUCAGAACUCAGAAAAGAUGGUGACAGUCUGAGGGAAAAGUUAAGGCAAGAAACAAGCCUUUUUUCUGAUUGAAUGCAUGGAAAUCCUAAUUUCAGGAUAUCCCUGGAACAGUCAAAGAAACAGAAAAAAAGCUUCCAGUAUGUUGGAUGGGUCCUCUGGAAAACUUAAGAGAGGAUGUGGAAAUGGAGCAAGAAGGUAUUGAUGGGUUGUGAUAUAUACUAGAGAGGAAGUCUCCACAUCAGUAAGACUGCAGAUACAUCAAAAUAUUGAAAUGGUGACCAUCAUUGAAGGUGAUUAUAGACUGAUUGAUAAUAAAUAUA